AUGCGUGCGAUGUCCAUCCUCCGUGCCCUGCGCGGCAUGCGCCCGGCCUUGUCGCAACCCUCCGCGAAACACGUCACGUCCUUUCCACGCCUGGGCCGAACACUGGCUCCGCAAACGCAAGCACCUUCGCGAUGCAUCACGAAUUCCUCCACCCGACAGAUCAUUCAGCCUUUUAGUCUAGCCCAAAGGGUCUCCACCCUCCGCUCCCUUACGCGCACAUUACCUCUUCGCGCACCGCAUCGCACAUUCACCUCUAGCACCCGAUUCCAGUACCCUCGCUAUCAAAGAAGCUACAACCGAUUCGAUGGCUCAAGUGGCGCAGGCUCCUUUUUCUCGACCUUGAUCCAGAAAUCGAAACCACAACAUUUCGUCGUGAUCGGAUUGGGCAUCUCGGGAAUCUACCUCUACAACACAGAUGUGGUGGAAAUGACUGGCCGCCGACGCUUCAACGUCGUUUCGCACGAACAAGAAUUGAAGAUGGGUGCCGAGACCUACCGCGAAAUCCUCGCCACAGAACGGGGCAAGAUUCUACCGGAAGACCACCCUCUCACGAGAAUGGUUGAUCGCGUCCUCCAGAGACUGAUCCCAGAAGCGCCAAUUCCCGGCGCCAACUGGAAAGUGCAUGUUAUCAAUGACCCCGACCAGGCUAAUGCAUUUGUUAUUCCCGGUGGCAAGGUCUUCGUGUACACUGGGAUUCUUCCCAUUUGCCAAGACGAUGAUGGACUUGCCGCUGUGCUUGGACACGAGAUUGCCCACGUCGUGGCGCGACACCCGGCCGAGCGGAUGAGCAAUAGCUUUCUCACUGUCGGCACCGUAUUCCUUAUUUCGAUCUUCUUCGAUGUCUCCGGCCACUUUUCAUCGAUGAUGAUGAAUCUGAUCUGGAGCCUGCCGAAUUCGCGGACCCAGGAGGCCGAAGCAGAUCAAAUGGGGCUGAUGAUGAUGUCGAAGGCCUGCUUCAAUCCUAAAGCCGCCGCGAAGCUGUGGCGUCGGAUGCAGCAGAUGGAGAAACGGGCUCCGCCACAAUUCAUGUCGACUCAUCCGUCUUCGUACAACCGGGAAGAAGCCAUCCAAGGGUGGAUGGAGAAGGCGCAGGCAAUUUACCAGGACAACGGGUGUGGCCCGUUCAAGACAUUCAGUAAGUUGCUCCCACCUUUCUUAGUUCUUUGUUUGGUAGAUGGGCUGUCUGACCCCCUCCGCAAAUAG